AAAUUCUAAAACAUCAUGUGUGCAGCUUCAGGAUGUACCAUCUUGGCCUUGCAGACGCGGCUGCCCGGGGGCUUCCCGUGCCCCGCUGUGGUCAACCCCACCGUGUUCUUCGAUGUCACUGUUCAAGGCAAGCCCUUGGGGCGCAUCUCCUUCGAGCUGUUUGCAGACAAAGUCCCAAAGACGGCAGAAAACUUUCGUGCUCUGAGCACUGGGGAGAAAGGCUUUGGUUAUAAAGGCUCCUGCUUUCACAGAAUUAUUCCGGGAUUCAUGUGCCAGGGUGGGGACUUCACGCGCCACAACGGCACAGGCGGCAAGUCCAUCUACGGGGAGAAGUUUAAUGAUGAGAAUUUCGCCCUGAAGCACACGGGUCCUGGCAUCUUGUCCAUGGCAAACGCUGGACCCAACACAAACGGUUCGCAGUUUUUCAUCUGCAUGGCCAAGACCGAGUGGCUGGACGGCAAGCAUGUGGUCUUCGGCCGGGUGAAGGACGGCAUGGGUGUCGUGAGAGCCAUGGAGCGCUACGGGUCCAGGGAUGGCAGGACCAGCCAGGAGAUCACCAUUGCUGACUGUGGACAACUCUCAUAAACGUGACUUUUGCUU